UAAAAAUAGGGAUACAAAAGAGGGGAUACGGAGUAAAGCACUGUGAUGGUUCUGUGCUAAACUGCUCUCAUGUCUUCGUCCGAGUAGACUUUUGUUGUUUUCUCGCCGGCUUUUCCCGAACGGAGGAACGGGACUUUUUUAGUUGUUGUUUUUUUUGUUUUUUCAAGAGGAAGAAAAAGAAUUUUCGGCAUAACGCGGUAACACGGAUAAUUUCGAAAUGGCAAACGUCUCGUACCAGAUAGCGAAUCUUCUCGAGAAGAUGACCUCAACUGAUAAAGAUUUUCGAUUUAUGGCAACAAAUGAUUUGAUGUCUGAACUGCAGAAAGACAGCAUUAAACUUGAUGAUGAUUCUGAGAGAAAAGUUGUAAAAAUGUUACUCAAACUUUUGGAAGACAAAAAUGGCGAGGUGCAAAACCUGGCUGUCAAAUGUCUUGGCCCAUUGGUUAACAAAGUCAAGGAGUACCAAGUAGAAACGAUUGUAGAUUCUCUCUGUUCUAAUAUGGUAUCGGACAAAGAGCAGUUGAGAGAUAUAUCUAGUAUCGGUUUAAAAACAGUCAUUAGCGAACUUCCUCUUGCUUCUAAUGUUUUAGCUGCUAAUGUUUGUAAAAGAAUUACAGGGAAAUUAAGUUCAGCAAUUGAAAAGCAGGAGGAUGUUUCGGUGCAGUUGGAAGCUCUGGACAUCUUAGCAGAUCUUCUCUCACGAUUUGGAAAUCUUUUAGUGUCUUUCCAUCAGACAAUUUUAAAUGCUCUUUUACCCCAGCUGGCCAAUCCGCGCCAAGCUGUUCGUAAACGUACGAUCGUUGCAUUAAGUCAUUUGGUGAUGUCUUGCAAUCAAACCCUUUACAACAAAUUAAUUGAAUAUCUCCUAGAAGGCUUAACUCGAGAUGCAGAAAAUUCAAAAACUAGUACUUACAUCCAGUGCAUUGCUGCUAUUUGCCGACAAGCAGGUCACAGAUUUGGAGAACAUUUAGAUAGGGUUAUGGUCCUUGUUGUAAACUACAGCGAAAAACCCGACGACGAACUCAGAGAGUUUUGUCUUCAAGCUUGCGAAGCUUUCGUGCAGAAAUGUCCCAAAGAGAUUACACCUCACAUCAACACUGUCAGGGAGCUUUGCCUCCGUUAUUUGACAUAUGAUCCCAACUACAACUACGACGAGGCUGACAGCGAUGCUGCUGGUGUUAUGGAACUUGAUGACGUCGACGAAGAAGAAGAUGAUGAUGACUAUUCCGAUGACGACGACAUGAGCUGGAAAGUAAGGAGGUCAUCUGCAAAAUGCCUCGAGGCGAUAAUUGCCACAAGGCCUGAAUACGUUCCAGAACUGUACAGGGUUGUCUCACCCGCUCUUAUAGCUAGAUUUAAAGAAAGGGAAGAUAAUGUAAAAAGUGAUAUUUUCCAUGCAUAUAUAACUUUGUUGAGACAAACUAGAAGCACUGCGGUCAACAACUUGGAUCCUAACUGUAUGGAAGAUGAAGAUUCUCCCCUGUGUUUGCUUCAGAAACAAGUUCCAGCUCUUGUAAAAGCAAUUCAGAAUCAGAUGAAAGAAAGAAGUAUAAAAACAAGACAAGACUGUUUUGCUUUAUUAAAAGAAUUGGUGACUGUCUUACCAGGAGCUCUUACAAAUCAUAUUCCAGCUCUCAUCCCUGGUAUCCAAUAUUCUAUGGGAGAUAGAAAUUCAAGUAGUAACAUGAAAAUCGACACCUUGUCUUUCAUGCACUGUUUGCUCACAACGCAUUCAGCAGAAGUCUUUCAUACGUACAUGCAUGUACUCGUACCAUCUGUAGUAUCAGCAGUUUCAGAUUCAUUUUACAAAAUAACAGCAGAAGCGUUACUCGUACUGCAACAGUUGGUGAAAGUAUUAAGACCGCUAGAUGUACCCAGCGAAUUCAACUUUGCACCAUUUACUCAUGAGAUUUACCAGUGUACUCUGUUACGCCUCAAGGCUGCUGAUAUAGACCAAGAAGUUAAAGAAAGGGCUAUUUCAUGCAUGGGUCAAAUUAUUUCCAGCUUGGGAGACCAUCUGAACGCUCAGCUCCCCACCUGCCUUCCCAUUUUUCUUGAUAGACUUAAAAAUGAAAUAACAAGGCUUACAACAGUCAAAGCCUUGACCAAAGUCGCCUCCUCUCCUCUUAAGAUCGACCUCAGACCAAUUUUGACUGAUGGGGUCCCUCUUCUUGGUUCGUUUUUGCGUAAAAACCAACGCGCUUUGAAACUGAGCACACUCUCACUGCUUGAUACUUUAGUCAAUCAUUAUAGCAGUACACUUAAUUUAAAUCUUCUGGAAAAAGUUAAAGUCGAAUUGCCACCUUUAUUGAGUGAAUCAGAUCUCCACAUUGCCCAGUUAACACUCGUGCUACUCACUUCUAUUGCAAAGUUACAACCGACUGCCUUGUCAGAUCUCAACAAACCUUUUAUGCUCCCUGAAAUUUUAACCCUAGCCAAAUCUCCACUUCUUCAAGGAGGAGCAUUAGCGUCGCUUUUGGACUUUUUGGAAGCUUUAGCAGUUGCUAAUCUUCCAGGGCUGAAUAACAAAAGGCUAUUGGAAAUGCUGACCGCACCAGUUUCUCAACACCAGCCUCCUUUGCACAAACAAGCUUUCCAUUCUUUAGCUAAGUGUGUGGCUGCUGUUACUGUCCCAUGGCAAGAUGAGGCUCUCUCUGUUGUCCUGAGGCUUUUGUCAGACCUACAAACUGCUCCAGGAAGUGACCAGCAGCAGAUAUUCGCCCUUCUUGUGAUUGGAGAAAUCGGAAGGCACAUAGAUUUGAGCGAAGUGGAAAAUUUAAAAGACAUAAUUCUCACAUCUUUCUCUCACCAAUCCGAAGAGGUGAAAUCAGCUGCUAGUUAUGCCCUUGGAAGUGUAGCUGUUGGAAACUUGAAACAGUACCUGCCAUUCGUCCUGCAAGAAAUCGAGGCUCAACCUCGUAGGCAGUAUUUAUUACUUCACUCACUCAAAGAGAUUAUUUCAUGCCAAAGCAGCAGCGCUGAGGGUGUCAAUGUACUCUUGAGCUAUGUUCCAUCGAUUUGGGAACUUUUGUUCAGGCACUGUGAGUGCUCAGAAGAAGGUACGAGGAACGUUGUGGCUGAGUGCUUAGGAAAGUUGACACUCAUUGAUCCUGGUUCACUACUACCAAGGCUGCAACAAGCUCUCAGCUCCCAAUCUCCUUUGAUGAGAACAACUGUGCUGACAGCUGUUAAGUUCACCAUUUCUGAUCAGCCUCAAACUAUUGAUCCAUUGUUAAGAUCAAGUAUAGGGCAGUUCCUAAAAGCAUUAGAAGAUCCGGACUUAAACGUUAGAAGAGUUGCGUUAGUAGCGUUUAAUUCAGCCGCUCAUAAUAAACCAUCUCUCGUCCGGGAUCUUCUUGAUUCAGUCCUUCCUCAGCUCUAUCUCGAAACAAACAUAAGAAAAGCACUGAUUAGAGAAGUGGAGAUGGGCCCUUUCAAGCAUAUCGUUGACGAUGGUCUUGAUAUCAGAAAGGCAGCAUUUGAAUGCAUGUACACUCUCUUAGACGCUUGUCUCGACAGGCUUGAUAUAUUUGAUUUCCUCAAUCACUUAGAACACGGACUUAAAGACCAUUACGAUAUCAAAAUGCUCACUUACUUAAUGGUUGCUAGGCUUGCCCAACUCGUUCCGACUGCAGUCCUUCAAAGAUUGGAAGGAUUGGUGGAGCCAUUGAAACAUACGUGUACAUUAAAAGUAAAAGCUAAUUCUGUGAAACAAGAGUAUGAGAAGCAAGAUGAACUGAAGAGGUCGGCGAUGAGGGCUGUAGCUGCACUCCUUACAAUACCAGAUGCUGACAAAAAUCCUCAUCUGAGCGAAUUUGUCACCCAAAUCAGAAACACUCCCGAGCUCCAGGUGAUAUUCGAUUCGAUACAAAAGGAUUCAUCUCUGCUCAGUCAGGACUCAAAUCAAAUGGAUCUGAGCUGAGGACCAAUGCUAAAAGGAUGGCUCCACUCCGUUCAGAAACAGUGAUUUGUGUGCAUUGCACAAAUUUUACAAAUGAACUGCUUUUGAGAGAGUUCGAAAACGUUGAAUAGUAACAAUGUAUAACAGAAAACAAAAUCGUUGCUUUAAUUUUUUUUGUGUAAAGGAUUGAGUAAAUUUAAUUAAUUGGAUCUGUUAUUUAAUUGAAAUUUUUUUUUUGAAAAAUCACAUAAUCUUUUUUUUUUUGAAAUAUAUAAAUAUAUUUGACAAAAAAUCAAGCGUCAUUCAUUCAAGUGUAUAUAUAUUUUUUAAAAAACAAUUAUUAAAAUAUAGCCUUUUGUUCAUUGCAUUUUUUAUUCUAUUAUUAUUAUUAUUGUUCAGAAAAAAUGCUUUUUUUCAUACUGAUAAUGCGCAGCAGAAUCAUAAUUAUUUUUUGUCAAAAAUGAGCUCGGUGAGGCACAAUUAAAACAGAUUUAGAAUAAUAUAUUUACACUUUUUUUAAUUUAUCCAUCGAUAAUAGCUAAUACUGUUUUUAGUUGUGUUAUCACAUGACAAUAAAUAAUAUCAUUUGCACACAGGUGAAUAUAAAGAUACAAUCUUUAUCAUUUUUUAAUUUCUAUAAAAAUCGAUAUACUUAUUAGAAACAGAACUAGUUUAAAUAAAAAAAAGGAACUUUAAUGUUAUGAUUAAAUUAUCAUAUAAGCAGUUUU